AUGCCUCGUUAUUUGGAUCGACUCCAGCUGGGUAGGGCUUUGCGGGACCACGCGAAUCCUCUUCUUGAGGCCCUUGCUGCCAAUGACAAUCUGCACGCCCAUUAUCUCAAGCGCUUCGAGAGCGACGAACCUCCGCAGUACAAUUCGGAUACCUCAUCGGAAUACGACGAAGACGAUGCUCCCGCAGAAGAUCCUCGGGAACUCAUUGAGCGACCGCUCGACGACGACGACAUCAAGUGGAUUGCAUUUGCCAUGGGGCCUCAGAUAACUCCUGGACAGCUCUACCGUGCAGAAGCAAAGCGUGAAGAGAAGCGGAUCUGGGACCAAUGUCCCGGCCCAGUCUUUUACAAGCCGAAAGGCAUCCGCCGGCAGGCUAUCGUCGUUCGCCACAAUAUGAAGAAGCACUGGGAGAAACUAGGCAUCUGGAACCCCGCCUGGGGAUUUGCUGGGCGCAACGUGCAGCCCAACGAUGAUCCUUCCAAAUGGAGAUGGAAAUGGGAACAGGAAAAUGGCCAAGACACCGACGGCCAGAGAGUGCAAGAGGACCUCAUCACAUGCACACUGCUCAGUCGAAAGGACUUGCGACGUGGCGAGCACGUACCUGUCGAGCCGCAGCCUUCGCUUGUAGAAGGCGCCACUGCCCAUGAGGCCGAGUCAUUUCUCACAUCCAGGCCUUGGUUCUUGUAUAAGCUUGAAGUUACCGAAGAAAAACAGCGAGCUGAUCGCGUGUCCUUUAAGGAUCAGUAUAAACUGCCUCAGGGUUCAUGCGUGGACCAUGUCAUUGAGCGGUGGAAAGCGCGUGGGGAUUGGAAGGAUCAGUACGAUGAGGACGGCGUUACGUCUUGGAGAUGGGGGCACGAGUCUCCUUCUCCAGAGCCAGAAGUUCUUACACCUAUGCAAAAUAUGAGAGAAUCUGAUUCGCUGGACGCUUCGGUCAUGGAUUUCACACCAUCUGAGCUCGAUGAGCUGGAGGUCAACGAACUCCCUUGGGAUGAACAGCCGGAAACCUAUUGGGUUACCCCGAAAGGCAUGGAAAGAAUGCCUGGGUUUCCCGGUGAGAUGCCGAAAAGUCACAGUGCCGAUUACUCUUCGCCCCAGAUGCAUAUCUCGCGGUCAGCUCGAACUGAGGCUCUUGGCUCAAGAAAGGAAGGACCCGAAAAGAGAGGCGCCAGGAACCGACUUUCUGCAGAUGCAUCAGCAGAGAAACCUCCGGAACCGCGAGAACCCGCUUUGAGCCACCCACCGCAGAAAGCACGACGUGGCCGUCCUCGCCGAACGCAGAACGAGACGACCAUCACCCACGACCAUGAUAAAUCAUCCUUUGCACCUCGGCGUAGUGCCAGAAUAGCCGGUACAAAACGCUCAGCCGAAUCGGCGACCACGGAAGCUGCACCAAGCAAGAGAUCCAGAGGCCGGAAACCCUCCGAUGCUGGCCAUCCUACUGGGUCAGAGUCUAUGCCAACGAAGAAGCGUUCUGCACCGAUACGGCUACCGGCCGGGGAAGAGACGAAGGCCGCGCCCAAGCGAGGAAGAGGUCGCCCGAAAAUGGAGGCGCCGGAACCUGCACCGACGAAGAAAACCAUUAAAGGCCAACCUGGGCAAGCACGAGGACGAGGACGAUCUAGCAAGAAAGGUUCGGAGCCUGAGCCAUUGCAGGAGAGCCCGCCCAAGAGAGGACGAGGACGACCGAGAAAGGAGAAUCCUGCUGCCAUGCAUUCUUCUAUAUCGAAGAAAAAAUGA